GUUUUGCAUUCUGCGACAUCUCACUCCGACCCCACCGCCUAGGAGUAUGAGGCGAAGCUGGCCCGGCUGAAGGCAGACUAUGAAGCCGAGCAAGAGUCCCGCGCCCGACUUGAGGAGGACAUCAAUACCAUGCGGACUUCCUACGACCGCAAGCUGUCCACUCUGGAGGAAAACCUCAGGAAGGAAGCAGAUGCUGUCCUGAGGGUUGAAACUCUCCCUGACCAGGCACCUUUGUCUCCAGGCCCUGUUGUCGCCGUCACAGAAACAGAACAGGUGUCCACCAAGGACACAGCAGAGCCUCAGAUAGCCCAGUACGUCGGGAGUGUGACCAGAGAGAGUCCUGGAGCAGAAGUGGCCAUUGCUGCUGAGGAGCUUCCAGUGGCUGUGGACCAGCAGCAAGUGCUUGCCAGGCUGCACAUGCUGGAACAACAGGUGGUUGGAGGAGAACAGGCCAAAAACAAGGACCUGAAGGAAAAGCACAAACAUCGGAAAAAAUAUGCAGAUGAACGGAAGAAGCAGCUGGUGGCAGCGCUGCAGAAAAUUGAUGAGGACAGUAGUGACUGGGUCUUGCUCAAUGUCUAUGACUCUAUCCAAGAGGAGGUGCGAGCCAAGAGCAAGCUGCUGGAGAAGAUGCAGAAGAAGCUGCGAGCUGCUGAGACCGAAAUCAAAGACUUGCAGUCAGAGUUUGAGUUGGAGAAGAUUGAUUAUCUUGCCACCAUCCGCCGACAGGAGCGGGACUGCUUGCUCUUUCAGCAGCUUCUGGAUCAGGUGCAGCCCCUCAUACGGCGUGACUGUAACUAUAGCAACCUAGAUAAGAUCAGAUGCGAGUCCAUCUGGGAUGAGGACAGCGGCUGCUGGAAACUCCCAGAGCUUGUCAUUCAAAAAACCAGCCUUCCCGCAGCAGUUCCAUCACUGCCACAGACUAAGCCAGCCAGGAAGAGCGCCUCAGGCGAGAACGGAGAGCUGCUGAUGCAGGAAGAAGACCGCUACAAACUGAUGCUGAACAGGAGUGACAGUGAGAAUAUUGCCAGUAACUAUUUCCGGUCCAAGCGAGCCAGCCAGAUCCUCAGUGCUGAUCCUAUGAAGAGUCUUGCCCAUCAUAACUCCCCUCCUGUGCUGAGCGCCCCCCUGAACAACACCUCCAGCAUGGCACCAGUCUCUCCUUCACAGACUGUGGAGAUGCCCCAGCCACGUCCUUUCCGCCUUGAGUCGCUUGACUUCACCACACCGUCCUCCAAAACAAAGCGCAAGAAGGGCAAAAACAGCUUCAGCAGUGACCCCUUCUGAGUGAACUGGCCUCAGGUGAAUACGGAUCCUUCUGAUUGUAGUGGCCUUCAUGGACUCCAGUCCCGUGGCUCCUGGUGGCAGUGUCUGCUCAGAUUGCAGCAACCUACCUUGGCAGUUACCCUCUUAACGAUAUAGAAUUUGGUGGCAGCAAUCCUCUUAUCACAGCGGCUUUUGGAAGGGACAGUUUGACUUUCCUUUGAGUUUAGGGUCAGUGGAGACAAAUGCUGCUUCCAGAGGUUUUGAAGUCUGUAGUGACAACUCCAGGUUCAAGCUGGGGCUGGCACAUUCCUCCAUUACCUGCUUCCCUGCCACGUGUGUGCAGCCAGCACCAUAUAUUUUGUCUUCCAUUCUGGUCACUGCCAUGCCCAGUCAAACCUCUGUACUUGGAGUAAAAUCUUUAGUGAUGUGAGGCAGUUCCUCAAAAAAAAAAGCCUUAAAAUCACUUUCUGUAUUUCCCAAUGCAAGUUUCCUAGACAGAACUUACUUGUAUCCUUUUGGAUGUCACAGCCACAACUUGAGCUCAUGCCCCAUACAGAAUUCUCCUGUCUUAUUCCUCAUUGUAAUAAGACAGUGAGAGGUUCUGGCAGCAUCGCUACCAUAUCCCAGCCAUUUCUGCUUUCUCUUUUCUUGAGAGAGUCUGAAACUGACAUCAUUUAUGGGACACAAACUCAGUUCUCCAAGGAAAUACGGUUUGCAAAUUUAUUCCCUGACUCCUAGAUCAGAUCAAAUCGGAAACUGCAGUUCAGUGAGACAGUGGAAAUGAUUGCUCCUGUCCUUGUGUUCAAGAUGUUAGUUUUGUAAACUAUAUUGUAGUGAGGCGGCCUGGCUCCCGACGGCCC